AUGUUCUGCAACCUGACUCCUCGCGCUGUCAACUUGAUGAUAGGACAGAGGGAUCCACACCAACCCCAUACCCGGGUCAUCAGCGAGAUCUUCUCCGCAAUCGAGAAGCUGGAGCGGUGGGCACUAGGACUCUGCUUUAGACCCCGUGUUAAUCUCAAUUCAUCGACGCCCUCAGAUCAAGUCUGUACCGACAAUGCAGCCAUCCGUGAAUCAAUCGCAAACUCAACCUCCCAAGCUGGUCAAUUGGUCAAGCCCGGCCAAGCCAGGUCAACCCAGAUGGAGCACAAGCAGUCCAGGUAUUGUCCCUUCUGGUAUGCCUUUUCUUCGUUUUGCAAUGUUGCUUGA